CAGUCGAGUCGAGUUUUUCAGCAGGAAGCACACACAUAAAUUUAUUAACGAACCCAGCUUAUGGCCAAAUGAUGAGAAGUGUGUGAAAAAAUAUCUGAAUUUACCACCGAACUGCUGCAGUUCGCAGUCCAAAAAGAAAGGAAAAAUCCGACAUUCGGACAGUGAGCGAACGAACUUUGUGUGUCAUAAUAAUAAAUGCUCCGUUGGCUGUUCGCGAUGAAAUUAUUUAUGAAAAAUAAAUGGAGUAACUCCCCCUGGAUGCUGCGCCUGGUCCUGAUCCUGACCAUGCUGCAGCUGCUGCAGGAGUGUAUGGCUGCCACCGUCGACCCCGCCACAACCACGAAUGCAACAUGCAGACAUGCCACGGACAUGUGGGGAGAUCCGGACCCCAACGUAUUCUACGUGUGCUCCGAUGGCGGACAACCGCUGCAGCUGGAGUGUCCGCCGGGCCGGGGAUUUUUCAGCGGUCUCGGUUAUCUGGGCUGUUUGCCCUAUGGCCACUGGCCAGCCUGCCGGCCCUCGGAGGAGCAGUUGGCCGUCCAGUUGUCAGCUGGCUGUGACAGCACUGCCGGCAUUGUGCCAGCGCCCUGGGCCUCGCCGGAUCCCAAUCGAUUCUACCUGUGUCCCAGCACAAGUGCCACACCUCUGCUGCUCAACUGCGCCGCCGGCAGAGGAUUCGUGGCCAGUUCCGAGGUGGUGGGCUGUGCGGACUGGUCACAAUGGCGUCGCCAGACGGAGUGCGAGGCGUACUACUGAUCCUGCGGAAAACCAUGUACUCGCUAUAUCAAUAAUCACAUCAAUGACCUGGUUUUUGCCUGCCCC